GAAGAAGUACAUUCUAGGAUUUGCAUAGCUGUCUUAUUUAUUUAUUUAUCUAAUUGGAUGGGGGUGAGCUGGUGAGCAAAACCAUUGCUGCCUUUGCCAGUCUCUCUCAUAAAUCCUUCCUCACCCACCAAACCUCGUCUACCAACGCCAAUGGCGACGCUCCUUAGAAGCGCCAAUUUUCGAGCGCCAUCCCCUUCUCUAUGUACUUCUUCUAUCCCUUCAUUCAAUUCAUUCAAGUCUUCUUUUGCUAUUUCUUUCACAAAUAAGUGUUUUAACAGAAAUACUUGCUUAAAUGCUCACUAUUUUCCUUCUAAAUCUUCUUCCUAUAACACUACUUGUGUGCCAAAGUUUCUGGGUCUUGCUUCUUCAGAUGAAGUUACUGAGACUGAAGAAUUUCAGACCCCUGAGAUCCAGGACAAUACAGAUGGAAGUAUCAAUGUUGACACUGUGGAAGAGCCGCUAAGCGACGAGGACAAAGCUGAUGCUGAUGAAACUCCUUCAUCGCCAGUUAUCACUGCUUUACAGUUGUAUAAAGAGGCUAUAAUUAAUAAUGAUGAGUCCAAAGUUGCUGAGUUGGAAGCAUUCUUUAUAACCAUUGAAGAUGAAAAGGAUGCGCUUGAGAAAAAGGUGGCUUCGAUUUCUGAAGAUUUUUCAGCAGAAAGAGAUCGUGUUUUAAGGAUUAGUGCAGAUUUUGAUAACUUUCGGAAGAGAACCGAGAGAGAACGCUCAUCACUGAUGACAAAUGCACAAGGGGAGGUCAUAGAGAAUUUUUUGCCUGUUUUGGAUAAUUUCGAGAGGGCUAAAAACCAGAUCAAAAUUGAGACAGAAGCAGAGGAGAAAAUCAACAACAGUUACCAAAGUAUAUACAAGCAGUUCAUUGAAAUUUUAAGUUCAAUAGGUGUUGUUCCAGUUGAGACAGUUGGAAAACCUUUUGAUCCAUUGCUGCACGAAGCGAUCAUGAGAGAGGAGUCUACAGAAUACAAUGAUGGCAUCAUAAUUGAGGAAUAUCGCAAAGGGUUCAAGCUUGGUGAUAGACUCUUACGCCCGUCUAUGGUAAAAGUGUCUGCCGGUCCAGGUCCAGGUCCAGAGAAGCCCGAAGGAGCUGAGGCGUUUGUACAAGAAGCGGGUGUGACAGAGAACAGUGAGGAUGUGGCCGAGGAAGUUGAGUCGUAAAGACUUGGUAUUCCUUAGAAUUUACUUUGCUUAGCAUAGAUGAGAAUUCAAACUGCCUAUCCGGGAAAAACGAAUGUCUUUUGCUUGUGUAACCAAUUACGAAAUUUAUUGUGUUGUUCUCAUUGAUUAUUAAUGGCUCUGAUUGUAUAA